GUCAUGUCAUUAUCUGUUUAAGCAUCAAGGAUUAAAAUAGCAAGCAGUCUUAUAAAUCCAUGAUCACCUAUAUUGCAAAGAACGAUUUAAUAUAGUCUUUUGGUUUACAAAUUUAACUUUAUACUUUAAAGAUGAGUGAACCAAAGAUCACUAUCCUUUAUGGCAGCGAAACUGGAACUGCUCAAGAUAUUGCGGAACAAAUUUGGAAGACAUCCAAAAGAAUUAAUUUAAAGAGUAGCGUAGAUGCAAUGGAUGAUUAUAAGAUUGAGCAUAUUCAGAACGAAAGUAUAAUCAUUUUUAUAGUUUCUACAGCUGGUCAAGGAGACACACCCAUCAAUAUGAAAAAUUUUUGGAAAUUCUUUCUGCGCAAAAGCCUUCCAACCAACUUUUUAAGUAGUGUAAAAUUCUCAGUACUGGGAUUAGGUGAUAGCUCUUUUGAAAAAUUUAAUUUUGCUGCUAAAAAAUUAAAUAAACGAUUAUUGCAACUUGGGGCAACUGAAUUAGUACCAAUUGGAUUAGCUGAUGAUCAACAUGAUUUAGGAAUCGAUGCUGUUUUUGGAUCUUGGCUAGAAGAUGUAUUUAGUGAAAUAUGUCAACAGUAUAACUUAUCGUCACAAAGUAUUCUUACAGAUCAUGAAAUAGUUGAAAGGUUUAAUGUAAAUAUUUUGACAAAUGAAGCAGUGCCUGAUAACUCAGAAAAUGAUAUAUAUCUUUAUGAAACACAAAUAAACGAUGCACUAAUUACUGGUACAGUUAUUGACAACAUCAGAACCACUACCACCGAUCAUUUUCAAGAUGUAAAACUAAUUAAAUUUAAGGUCCCUGAAAUUAAUUAUUUACCUGGUGAUAUCAUUUAUAUAAAAGCAAAAAAUUCAGACGAACAAGUAAAUAAAUUUUUUAAUAUUUUAAAUAAUAAUGGUGUAAAUAUUGAUCCAAAUAUGGUAAUACAAGUAUCUGAAAAAGAAAUAAAGUUGCCAACUGUUUUAAAGCCAAAGUUAACAUUAAAACAAAUAGUACAGCAAUAUUGGGAUUUAAAUUUCAAACCUAAAAGAUCAACGAUGCAAAUUCUUGCACAAAUCAGUGAAAAUGAAUUAGAGAAAGAGAAAUUAUUUGAAUUCACUACUUCAGCUGGCCAAGAAGAUUUGUUUAAUUAUAUAAAUAGACCAAGAAGAAAUAUUAUUGAAGUUAUGAAUGAUUUCCCGCAUACGACGAGCAAACUAAACGUAAAAUUACUCUUUGAAAUUAUGUCACCAAUAAAACCAAGAGCUUUUAGCAUUGCAUCCAGUUCAAAAUAUACCAAAGAUGAGAUACAUUUAUUAGUUGCUAUUGUUCGUUAUAAAACAAAAUUAAGCGAACCAAGAUUUGGACUUUGUUCAAAUUGGUUAGCAACUUUAAAGUCAGGAGAUGAAGCUAUAUUUUGGAUACAAAAGGGCACAUUUAAAUUCAAUUACAGAAAACCCAUGAUUUUAGUUGGACCUGGAACUGGAAUUGCUCCCUUUAGAUCCUUACUAUUAGAUAAAGCCAUAGUAGAUGGCGAUUUAAGCUCAUGCCUUGUUUUUUUUGGCUGUAGAAAUAAAGAGAAAGAUUAUCAUUGUAAAGAAGAUUUUUCUUUAUUAACUGACAAAUUUAAUUUGAAAUUAUAUUGUGCAUUCUCCAGAGAUCAACCUGAUAAAAUCUAUGUACAACACAUGAUUCGUCAACAAAAUAAGAUUUGCUGGGAUUUUCUACAGAAUGAUGGAAAUAUUUACUUGGCGGGUAAUUGUAAGAAUAUGCCUAAUGCUGUGAGAGAAGAAUUUGUAAAUGUAAUAAAAAAUUUUAGCGAACUGGACAAAGAUAAAGCUGAAAAUUAUAUUAGAAUGUUAGAAAAAAGUGAUAAGUAUCAAACCGAGACUUGGUGAAGAAUGAUCUACAUUGUAGAUGAUAGAUUUUUAAAUACAUACUU